AUGGGCAAGCCUUGGAAACUUGUCACUCCUGUUUUCCGCGACAGCAUUCCGAAGCUUUUGAAUGCCCUCUGUGAAUCCAAACAACACAGCGUCAAGACGAGCACCUUUCGGCAUGUGUACAAGGCCAAGAACGGAGACAUCCAAGCCGGUGAAGGCAUCCGACGCAAUCGCAUGUGGGCAUACAAACGCAACAAAUUCGAAUACGUGGAAAUCACUUAUUUUCAGCUCAACGGCCCUGAAUUCACCGUCCGCACCGAGACCAUCCAGAAUGGUCAUCACUGGAAAUUUUGA